CCAGCCCCCGGCCAGCAGCCGCCCCCGCCGCAGCCGGCAAAGCCGCAGGUCAUCCAGCAUCACCCUUCGCCCCGGCACCACAAGUCGGACCCCUACGCAACCGGUCACCUCCGCGAAGCCCCCUCCCCGCUUAUGAUACAUUCCCCCCAGAUGCCACAGUUCCAGAGCCUGGCCCACCAGUCUCCACCCCAGCAAAACGUGCAGCCUAAGAAGCAGGAGCUGCGUGCUGCCUCCGUGGUCCAGCCCCAGCCCCUGGUGGUGGUGAAGGAGGAGAAGAUGCACUCGCCCAUCAUCCGCCGCGAGCCCUUCAGCCCCUCCCUGCGGCCGGAGCCCCCCAAGCACCCGGAGAGCAUCAAGACCCCCCGUCCCCCUGCCCCAGCUUGAGUUCUCUCCCCACCCCUGCCGGGCUCAGGGCCCCGGGCCCCUGCUGGACCGGAGCACGCCGCAGGCCAGGCCGGGCCCAGGCCCACCGGCUGGGGGUGUUCCAGGGCCCGAGAUGAA